AUGAUGCAGACCUUCAGAGUCGGCGAUGUUCUUCUCUUUAACUUCAUCACCGGAUUUCAUCACGUUGCUGAAGUAUCACAGGCGGCUUAUGGCCUGUGCACCACCGCCAACCCCAUCUCCAUCGUCAUCACCGGCCCUGCUAAAGUCACCUUGAAAGCACCUGGAACCCACUAUUACGUCUGCACCGUUGGAACUCAUUGCCAAAUUGGUCAGAAACUAACAAUCAACGUCUCCACCACGUCUGCCACCCUUCCAGCAGCACCAGCACCCGCCACUCCUGCUCCCGUUUCUCCACUCACAGUUAGCACCAUUCUACCACCGCCAUCGCCCAGUUUUGCUCCAUCUUUCACCGCCAUGGUACCCGUCAGUUUCUUGGCGACGGCUUUAUCUUUCUUUUAUUAG